ACCACCGGUGCCCUGCCGUCUGAGAGAGCAAGCUGAUAGCCCAAGCUAUCAAGAGGCCGGCCGUGGCCCGCGAUGACGCUGCCGGGCGCUGUCGUCUGCUGCCUUCUGGCGGUCUGGUACCACCGCCCCGGCUUCGGGAUGCCCCUGGCGCCUGCCGGCUCCCGGCUCCCGGGCCCCUGCUCCAGCCGACAAUUUUGGCACGUGACCGACUUACACUUAGACCCUACUUACCACAUCACAGAUGACCACACAAAGGUGUGUGCUUCAUCCAAAGGUGCAAAUGCCUCCAACCCUGGCCCGUUUGGAGAUGUUCUGUGUGAUUCUCCCUAUCAACUUAUUUUGUCAGCAUUUGAUUUUAUUAAAAAUUCAGGACAAGAAACAUCUUUCAUGAUAUGGACAGGGGAUAGUCCACCUCAUGUUCCAGUACAAGAACUCUCGACAGACAUGGUCAUCAAUGUGAUUGCUAAUAUGACAACCACCGUCCAGAGUCUCUUUCCGAAUCUCCAGGUUUUCCCGGCACUGGGUAAUCAUGACUAUUGGCCACAGGAUCAACUGCCUGUAGUCACCAGCAAAGUGUACAAUGCAGUAGCAAACCUUUGGAAACCAUGGCUAAAUGAAGAAGCUAUCAGUACCUUAAGGAAAGGUGGCUUUUAUUCACAGAAGGUUACCACUAAUUCAAGCCUUAGAAUCAUCAGUCUAAACACAAACUUGUACUACAGCUCAAACAUUGUGACCCUGAACAAGACUGACCCAGCAAAUCAGUUUGAAUGGCUAGAAAAUACAUUGAACAACUCUUGGCAAAAUAAGGAAAAGGUUUACCUCAUAGCACAUAUCCCAGUAGGGUAUCUGCCCUUUUCAAGGAACACCACAGCAAUGAGAGAAUACUAUAAUGAGAAAUUGAUAGAUAUUUUUAGAAAAUACAGCGAUGUCAUUGCAGGACAAUUUUAUGGACACACGCACAGAGAUAGCAUUAUGGUUCUUUCAGAUAAAAAAGGAAGGCCAGUAAAUUCUUUAUUUGUGGCUCCUGCUGUUACUCCAGUGAGGAGUGUUCUACAAAAGGAAACCAACAAUCCUGGCGUCAGACUAUUUCAGUAUGAUCCUCGUGAUUAUCAAUUACUGGAUAUGUUGCAGUAUUACCUGAACCUGACAGAAGCUAACAUGAAGGGAGAAUCCAACUGGAAGCUGGAGUACAUCCUGACCCAGGCCUAUGACAUUAAAGAUUUGCAGCCAGAAAGUUUAUAUGGUUUAGCUAAACAAUUUGCAGUCCUAGACAGUAAGCAGUUUAUAAAAUACUACAAUUACUUCUUCGUGAGUUAUGCCAGCAGUGCAAUUUGUGAUGAGAAAUGUAAGGCCUUUCAAAUUUGUGCAGUUAUGAAUCUUGAUCAUGUAUCCUAUGCAGAUUGUCUCAAACAAUUUUACAUAUAGCACAAUCACUAGUAUUUCAAAGUUUGUGUUCAUGGAAAAUGUAAUAUUACUCUGUUUCUGAGAUCAGUUUGUGCAAAUUUUUAUGUAAAUCUCUGUGAAUUACUGACUGGGAAAGCAGAAUUUCUGUCUUUGCUCUAUUUUUUUACUAUGCCCAAAUGUAAAUAUCUUUAACAAUCUAAAUUUUUCUGAAAUUAAAAUGUAUUUAAAGUACCUGUUAGUAGAAUGAUUUUGGGAUGUAAAUGUCCUAGCUUCCAGGUUAUACAAUUAUAUCUAAUUUAUACGCUUGUAGAAACUGGCAUCUGUCCAAUAACGCAAAUGACUUCUCCUGAGUAUGAUGGAUUAUUCUAAAUAUGAUUGUUUUUAGUCUCUUAAUUCACUCUUGUUAAAACCUUAUGUGUAUACUAAGGCUAAAACUGUUUAAAUCUCAUGUGUAAACUGAGGUUAAAGCUGUUUAUGUGUACUAUCUACUCAUGGGAAAAUACUAAGGUCUCAUUAGGGCUAUCUCCAAGUCUGUAAAACAUCAUGGGACAUACAUUGCCUGGUUGCCUUCACUCAGAGUGUGAAGGAGAAUCAUCGUUAACACUGCUAACUUUUAACAAUGUCACCAGUUGUCUUUAUUGCAACUGCAAUACUAGCAAAGGGCCUAGGACCUUGUACAGAGCCUGGGACUUACUAAAUACUUGUUGAAAUGAAUUGAAAUACAUGAAUGUUUCCCCAAGAAAAUAUGAUAGGAUGCAGUGGUGGCAUUUUCUUCGUCACAAUAUCCCAAGAGAGGAUAAAAGGAGCUUUUCAUCCCCCCAUUAGGAUUGUUUUUAGGGCUUUCCCAUAGCCCAAGCUGUCCUCUGCUUCCCAGCUAACUGGAAGAAUUAAAAUAGAAGAGAGAAGGGGCAGGCUGAGGGAUAAAGGGGAGGAGAAGACAGCGUACCCCAAUGUUUGGCUUGCUGGAGAAGACAUACAAUCAGCAACCUUAGGUCAGCUGGUGAGAGUGGAACUCAUCAUCCUUGUAGCUGGGACUCGUUUGACUUCAUGUAAAGAAAGGCCUUGUAGAUACAAGAUCUCAUUGUAAAACCAAUUUUGCCUGAUUUCCAGAUCUCCUGAUUUCCAGGGCUGAGAAAAUAAAUGUCACAAAAUAAAAAUAUUAUAUCCAAGAAACUAUCAAAAAUCAUUAGGUAAAUAUCUUUUGUUUGUUAGGUUUUUUUAAGAAAUAAAUUAGUAUGUUCUAGAAGUGAGAGUGCUGAAACAAAAUAAAAAUUAAUUGUAAUAAAAUAAUCACAUCAUGUAGAAAUCAUCAUGCCUGCACUUAUAUUUACAGUUGGUUUUUAUAAAUGACUAGAUCAUGUAUUCUUUUAUGUAUAUACAGAAGUUCUAAGAAAACAAGUUUGCAUUAUAUAAGGAAAAUUUCAAAACAGUAAUAAACAAAGAUGGCAUGAACUGCCUAGGGCAGUGAGUUCCCAGCAUGAAAAGUGAAAAAAACUUGCACUUUUAGGGUUAUUGUAGAGGAAAUUCCUGUGUCUGCAGGGGAUGCUGGGCAGUGAACAUUCAAGGUCCUUCCCACAUAAUUCUUACUGUUUAAAUUUUUAAUGGUACAUAUUUUGUAUUCCAUUUAUUUUCAUCUUAAAAUCGAAAUAAAUAAUCUUAAAGGUUGAGUGACAUUUAGGGACAUUACAACUAUAAAAAAGCCAAACCGAUUGCCAUCAAAUCAAUUCUGAUUCAUAGUGACCCUAUAGGACAGAGUAGAACUGCCCCAUCGAGUUUCCAAGGAGUGCCUGGUGGAUUCAAACUGCCCAACUUUUGGUUAGCACCAUAGAACUUAACCACUAUGCCAUCAGGGUUCCCAACAGGAACAUUAUCAGUAGUUAAAUGAGUAUUUCUAUUCUAAAAAUCAGAACAUUUUGCAAUUAUUUAUUAUGCUUUAUUUCAUAUUGUGUUCAGAUAUGUAAUGAAUUUUAUUAUGUUCACAGUAAAGCUCGUCUUGAUUUGCCUCUCUUUAAUGAUGAGACUUUGGCAAGUUCAUAAAUUGCAUUCUGUUUGGAUUUUUUUUUUAACUUCUACUUUAAAACCAGUUUUGUUUCAUUGUUUAGUCACAUAUUGGUAGGAAGAAAGGGAAGUAAGUGUAGGUGGUGAGGAGAGCGGGAGAAAGUCUUUAAUAAGGGUCAUUUAUUUUAAGUGGAUAAAUGUGUUUGAAGGAGAAAUAUCCCUGAAUUCUAUGUAUUAUAAUUUGAGGAUAUACUGAAAUACCCACUCAAAUGAUUUUUCCCAUUCACAAUAGUCAUAGUCUCACAUAUUAUGAAUCUUCACAUUUUGUCACAAACCAUGCUAUUUACUCACCCCUCUCACAGACACUGUGUUAUUGAAAUGCCUUUUUUAUGCAUGCUCAAAUUCAUUCUCCUCCCUUUGCUCCAGAGGUAAUCAUCACUUUGAAAUUUGCAUUCUUCAUUACUGUGAAGGCUUUAAUAAUUUUCCACGUACACCGAAACAAACUGUACACAUGUGCCUCUAAAAGGUCCCUAGUAUGUAUUUAAAUGUUUUAAAUUUAAUAUGAAUGAUACUGUAUGAAUCCCUCUAGAACUUUUUUGACUAUUUUGUUUAUGAGAUUUAGCUACGUUGCUAGGUCUAGUUCUAGUUUAUCCAUUUAUUUCAAUCACUACUCCAUUGUAUGAAAAUACCAUAAUUUACAUAUACAGUAGUCUGUGGAUAUAUAUUUUAUGGAACUUGAAAACCUUUUCCAAAAUACUUAUGGAAGAACAAAGAAGCAAGAAUAGCCAACACAGUUCUGUAGCCAAUAGCAGUUGUGUAAAAGAAGGAGAAGGUGGGGAUAUUGGCUAUACCAGUCAUCAAGAUUUAUUGCAUAGUAAUUUAGUGUAAUACCGGCGCAAGGGUAGACAAGAAGACCAGUGGAACAGAAUAGAGAACUCAUGAUACCCAGCCUUCCCAGUCAAACUUUGUACUUAAUAUAGGCCACCUUUAAUAUUUUUUAAGAGAGUUUAUAAAUUCUCUCCAUAAAGUUUGUGCACAGGUUUUGUUAGAUCUAUUUCUAGGGAUCUAAGAGUAUUUUUGCCAUUGUGAAUGACAUCCUUCUUUAAAUUAAAACAUUAAUUUCUGUAUUUUGGUCAAACUCUCUUAUUAGUUGCCAUAGUUUGUAAAUUCUCUUAGAUUUUUGUUACAAACAAUCACAUGUGAAUAAUAACAGGGUUUUUUUUUUCCCUCAGUCCAUAUACUUUUUUUUUUGUUUUGAACAGUGUUCAUUCAGACUUCCAAUAAAAUGUUAAAUGGAGGCAGUGAUCAGUGGACAUUCUUGUCUUAUUUUUGAUUACAUUGUAAAGUAUGUUACUUGUUGCAGAUUUUUGGCAGACAUCUUUAUCACGUUAAGGAAGUUUUAUCAUUUGCUAAAUGUUUCUUUUUUCUUAAGUCGUGAAUGUUGAAUUUUAUUGGAUGCUCUGUAUGUAUCUACUAAGAUUAUCUUUUUUUUUUUUUU